AUUAUCGGAGCAUAUCGGUAUAUAAAGGUUAACGGCAUAGUUUUAAUAUGCUUAACGACCAAAAUAACGGCCACAAAAUACCGUACGCUCCGUAUAAUUGUCCUUAAAAAAAAGCAAAUAAAUAAGGUUUUAAUUAUUGCUUUAUUGGAAAUUAAUAACCUUUUGCAACGGAAGCGCGUUGCAAAUAUUUAUAUAAAGCGAAAAGGAAGCAAUGUUCGUUUUAAAAGCAAGUUUAUUGGAAUCGAAAGCGUUGCGGCGGCGCUUAUUGCGCGCUUUACGCUUUUUUUCGGCGAAGGUUUUUUUGCCGCGGCGGCUAAAGCCCGCCAAAGGGUUACCGGCAAAACGCUUGCGGGAAUUUUAAAAAAUUGCAAGCGCAAAAGGGCCCGAUAA